GAGGCUGUUAAAGAGUUCUUAAGAACCUGGAACAAAAGGCUCUUCUAGCCUUCAAGCCCCGUUUUAAAGUGAAGACAUUCAACAGAGCGUAUAGGUUCACGUGUUCUUUACAUAGUUUAUCUGUACGUCUUCUUCUUCAAUGACCCUCAAGGUGCAUCGACGCAUGAAAUACUUAUGAAUUACACUCAUGUAUCAUGAAAGACCUCAGAAGGACAUCAGGACCCGAGGGGCUUCAACAUCUCCACAACCAGGAUCCUAAACGUUCAUGUAUGUGCAGACAGACGCAUGUUGAGGUGGGAGGGGCCAAACAGCAAGAGCUAAAGAAUCAACAAGAAACAGAGCAGAAAGUCUGUGUUGGUUUUUAUGAAUGCAGCUCCUCUUCAACAAUGAGAGCCUUCCCCCUCCUCCCCCUCCCCCUCCUCCUCUGCUUUUAUGAAUGAGACCAAAAACGCACACAGUGAUGUCAGCAGGAAGCUCCUCCCCCUCUGAUGCGGGAAAAUCCUCACGAUCAGAGAGACGCUCCCCGCAGGUCCGUCAGCCGCCCCGCUCUUCCCGCCGGAGACAAACAUCACCCAUCAUCCUCCUCUCCCUCCCUCCCUCCCUCCCUCCCACCGAAGGAUGAGUAAUCUGAGCAGGGGAGGAGGGGGGGCGAGGGAGGUGUAGGCACGCUGGAGGAGACGGUGAGAGAAGGAGGAGACCAUUGCAUCAUCAUCAUCAUCAUCAUCAGUGAGCGUGCAGAAGCAGAGGCUGAGAAUUCAAAACACUCCCAGCUGCAGAGCUGACCGGAUCGGGAUAAUUCCUGGACGCUUGCAGAGGAGGAGACAUAAAUCCGAGACGUUUUGGAUCAGGAUAAAGACUGGAAAGGCUGGAGGAUUUUCACCUCAGGGACUCUGACUAAUCUCUGGAAACUGACGAGAUCUUCUCCUCCAGGAUCAGACUAAUUCAUGGAAAAAAGAAUGACGGUCAUCGUGUGAAUGGGGGGAGGCGGCUUCUCCCUGACAGCCUUCUGAUGCCUCAGAGACCGGGUCCUGGAUAAUAUCUGGAGAUCUAUAGCAGCAUCCCACUGCCCUACAUCCCCUGCGCUGGGACUCCCCCGUGGGACCUGGGUAAUCUCUGGAUCAGCGUGCCGGGCAUGUUCUGCUUCUGCCUGCAGAGUUCCCUGCUGAAGCUCCAGGCUCUGGAGGUGGAGGGGGGGUCCUCACUGGGGCCGUCCCCCGAGGAGAGCCCCCCAGCUCUGGGCAGCAAGGAGCAGAAGAGCCUGUGCGCCCCGGCAGAGCUGGUGGGGAGGGAGGUGAGGACCAAGGCGCUCUGCCACAGCAUCCCUGCAGAUGAAAACAACCCCCCAGAGCUGCUGGCCGUCCUCCCCAGACCCCCCCAGUCCCCCAGGCACCAGCCCCUGACCCCCAUCCACCCCAGCCAGCAGCCCCUGACCCCCGACGGAGCGCCGCCCCCCAGCCCUCACCUCUCCCCACAGAGGAGCAACCCGGCGGGCGACUGGGGGGGCGGGGAGGUUUCAGAGGAUGGGGGCGGGGCCCUCCUUCAGCUGCUGUCGGGACUCUCCAGCCCCCUCCCCUCCCCUCGCUGCUCCAGCCACAGCCUGAGGUUCAACUCUGACCCGGACGCCGCUCCGUCGCCGCCCUGCAGCCAGCAGUACAUCCUGUGUCGGGGUCGAGCGGACAGGACUGACGGGGCUGAGGAGGAGUGUCCGGCCUCCAUCCCCUUCCUCACCAAACACAUCCAGAGCCUGAAGAGGAGGGUCCGCAGGUUCGAGGAUCAGUUCGAGCAGGAGAUGAACUACAAGCCGUCGCACAACGACAAAUACUCCAACCCGGAGAUGGUCCGAGUGAUGAGUGAACUGGCGAAGUCGCGGAAGCAGCUGAAAGAACUCAGACUCAGACAGUCGGUGUUCGACUCAACCGAGGAGGAAACCGCCGGCGCCGGCAGGUUUGGCCAACGAGGCGCGGCAGAACAUCCGCCGACUCUGGAGGAGACGGUGGAGUCUCUGUUCAGGCGGCUGAAGGAGAAGAGACAGUCUCUGGGUCUGCCGGACAACAUGAAGGAGAUGACCCAGGCCCAGAUGGUGCUGGAGAAGAUCACGCUGCAGAAGUGUCUGCUGUACUUUGAGAGUCUGCACGGUCGACCGGGAACCAAGCAGGAGAAGAACCUGGUGAAGCCGCUGUACGACCGCUACCAGAUGAUCAAACGCUUGUUGUGUGUCAGCCCCAGCUUCAGCACCAUCGAGGAAGAGGAGGGUUCAGACGAAGACUCUGCAAGCUCCCCCCUGGGCGAUGGACUUCCUGUCCCGCCCCUCAGCACAGCGUCUCGGUCGGCAGCCGGCGAAGAGGACAGCGAUCGAGACAGCGACCCGGCCUUUGUGUCUCCCAUAGACGAGGUGAAAGCCGUCCGGAGACAAGCUGCGGUUACCACGGCGAAGCUGCACGAAGCGUCCAGGUCUCAGCUGCUGGAGUGUCUGCGGGAGACCAGAGCAGAGAAGAAGUCCAGGCGUAAAGUUCUGAAGGAGUUUGAGGACGAGUUCUUCCGUCAGACCGGACGGAUCUGCCAGAAGGAGGACCGAAGUCCCAUGAAGGAGGAGUACCACGAGUACAAGCAGCUGAAGGCUAAACUGCGUCUGCUGGAGGUUCUGCUCAGCAAGCAGGAAACCCAGUGAGGGAACGGGACUCCUGACCAGUGAGCCCACGUCCUCCGGCUGGUCCUCUACCUUCAUCCUCUGACCAUCAACACCUUUUCCUCCUUCCACGAUAAAGACUUUGAAUGUGUUUGAGUCCAACUGAGAGCACUUUAACCCGUGAAAGACGAGGCCUCGGAUCCCAGAGCAGUUCUUCCAGCAUCCGACCUUCAUUUGAGUUUAUCCAGAUUUUUACUUCAGGGAACAAGAUGAGAUUACUGAGGAGGAAGAACAAAGAAUCAACCAAUCAAAGACCAACAUUGACAGUGAAAUUGAACUCACCAGAAAUCUUUGGGAAACUAUGUGUGACAAGGCUACAGAGCAGCACAUGAGCUCAAAUAUAACAUAAAAGGAAAAAUUAUACUUUUUUUAAUAGAAGCUGACAGAAUAAUACACUAUAGUCCCAAUUCGGCACAUAUUUUUGUUUUUAUUCCUAUAAAUCCAGAGUCCAUCGGACUUUUUAAAGUGCUCUUGAACGAUAGUUCACCUGGUUUUCUGGGUUUUAGCUCUCUUACCUAAUAAUUUAUUCCUGUUUUUGUAGAAAAAUCAUAAAAUCUGCAUCUCCAGAAACUGUUCCAAAAAGAUCCAAACGAUAAAGACGACAUUUGUUAACGUUUGUGGACCAACCAGAGGAUUUCUGAGGCGACUUCUUCUAAUCCUACAAUUAUCUCCAGGAUUCUUUUUAUUCACUGAACUAUUUUCAUGAAUUUCAUGGUAUUUUUGGAGUUCUAACUAUUCUGCAUUUAUAGACAACGGCUUCAGGUCCACCAGAAUUUGUCUUCAAAGUCACAUCAUUUGAUGAAUUGUGUCUCUUUAAGGUCUAAUUUGACGUUUGUGCCUUCGUUGACUGAAGACGUUUGGGGAUCAAGUCAAACACAAGAAUUCCAGUGUCACAUUUUUAAUGUCAUACAUGCUGCUUCCUUCAAAAACAACAACAAAAAAAUCCAGAUUUUUCUUUAAGUUUAUAUCUAUAUAUAAGGAUAUCUAAGCAGGCUCCCAUUGGUGGAAAUCAAUCCGGAACGGCUCUUUAAUCCAAACAUUUCCAUCUCAGUUUUUCAUAAAAGGGUCAAAGUCUCACUUAUUUAUAACAAACAUUUUGUCAAAAACAUAAAAAAAUAAUGGAAAGAAUCAUGUAACGGAUUAUUAGGACCACCAUAAAAAAGCAGAUAAAUAAAUGUAACAAUAAAGUCAAAAAUGAGCAAGAAUUAAGUCGUAAAAUUAUGAGGAACAUCUGUUUAUUAUGAGAAUUAAGUUAUAAUUUCACAAAAUAUAAAUGAAAAAAUUACAAGAUAAAGUCAUACAUUUUUGGACAAAAAGUCUGUUUUCCCUUUAAAAAUAUCAACAGAAAUAUUAUAUUAUGUAAAUAUGAGGACAUUAAAAGAAAUUGUCAGGAAGAAAAUGUCAGAUUUGGGAAAAAUCUUUUCAUGGUGGAAAAAAUUGUUGGAGUUUAUCGUCUGCAGGAAAAACGUUGAUGACAUCAGGAAGUCGUCCAGAAGGUUUAGUGGUUUCACAAGAGACAAUUAAACUGGUGAUGAAGGAUCUUGACCCACAAGGAGCGGUUUACCGACGGCUCACCGCUUUCAACAGCAUAGCAGCAGAGGCCCAAAGGCAUCAUGGGACAUGGAUCCCUUUGACAAAUUUCAGGCAUCACUGUAAUUGGCUGCAUUGAUGGAUUCAGUCAACACAAUGUGGAUAAAAGGGAGCACCACCAGCUUUGAUUUCAGAAGGCUUUUUCCUUUUAAGAGUGUAGUUUUUUCUCAAACUUUUGACUAUUUUCUCAUAUAUAUAUAUAUAUAUAUAUAUAUGCUCCUUUAUUAUUCCGUUCUUUUUUGUCAUGGUGGGUCUAAUACUUCCGUCUAUGAACCAGUUACGCCUCACAGUCAGACAAAUACAAAAAUACUUGUAAAUUUUACACAAUUUUCUCUAUAAUUCAAAGUCUGUGUUUUAAGUUUUUAUUAUUAUUAUUUCCAAAGAUUCCUAAGGAAUUUUGGGGUAAAUUUAACACAGAAGUUGACUUUUGGAUAUAAAAUUGUUCAUUUCUAUUGUACCGUUGGGGUGAAUUGCAUUGAAGCGAACGCAGAUUAUUGUGAAACACGCCCCCUUGUGGUCACCCAACAAACUGACCUGAAUCUAUCUGGACGUAGAAACUGAAAACAACCAAAACUUAGAAAAACUUUGAAUUCCAGAACUGUCCCAAGGUGCUGCACUCCAAAGACAUAUACUUGAUAGAAUCUGAAUUAUGUGACGAGACUAAAUGAGGAUCUAAAGUCAUGUGACAUACAUGUAUGCAAAACCAAUCCAGUGCUUUUCUAAAUCUCAAACUGGCUGCCACCCAGAGAGAGAGAAUGUUUAAAGCUGCCAAAAAUCUGGUUUAUGGAUAAUCACUGAUGACGUCCUUGAAGAGUCAGAAUAUUAAACCCAUCUGUUAAAAAGUUCUGCUUUUCACUGAUGGAUUUGAAAUACUUAUGCGCUUUAUUCUGAAGAGGUGGGACAGGAAGUGGAGGAAGUGCUAACAACAUGUUGUGCCCAAAUAUUUGAUUUUGAAUGUGAUGUAGAAAGUCUGCCUGCAGUUAUGGAAGAGCACUUUAGGCUGAAAUCGUAUGUCUAUCAACUGCUGCACCAUGUGCUGAUGAAGAGACGGGUCAGAACUUUGGGGUUUGUGGAAACACAGAGACUGACCGAGAGGAAGUCCCGUCCAGUGAAUGUGAGUCCAUGGAAGACCCUCUCAUUGCAGUAACAUCGACGGCGCAGCAUGUUAUAACUGAAACCUGUUUUCUUUGUGGUCAAUCUGAGGAGGAAACAAACCCGACCACGUCUGAGUGUUUGUGCAAUCACCUGUAAAAAUCCACCAAACCUGAAGAAGUUCCCCAAAAACGUGAAGCAUGUGUCGGAUUUCUGGGAGCAGGACACCGCCUCCUCCAGUUUUAUAUUCUGCUGUACUCCUGACAUCUGUUUCGUGUCCAGUGAAGUCCCGUUGAGGUCCGGCUCUCGUCCCGGGGCGCCGAGGGCCGAGUGCAUGUCUGUGUCGAUGUGGUGACGUUGUUCCUGUCGCCGUGGCGACGACUUCCCUGUGAUGUGCAAUCCUGGUUCAACUGAAGUUUCUAUACAAAGUUACAAUAAAUAUUUUUGCUAUCA